CUGUCUUAAGGCAGCCGAGCCUCCGCCAGCUGCGAGCUGGCAGGAAGAAAACACCUCGGAGGCACGGCCGGGCGCCGGUGCCGGUGAGGGGGCGCGCUCGCAGCGGGGCGAGGGGCAGCCGGCUGACUGCGAACUGCGUCCGUUCCCCACCUCCGGACAAAAGCGCCCCCCGUCUGCGCCGCCACGUUGCUCCGGGUGACCUUCCUUGCGUGCACAGUCCGCCGCUGCGCGCACCUUCCUCGGAUGCUCUGAAGGCCCAGGGACCGCACUCGGAAGGCGAGGGAUGUCCGGCUGCGUCGGCGCGGGGCUCGCCUUUGUCUGCGCGUAACCCGCAGAGGCCGCGGAGGACUCAGCUCUGCUUCAAGCCAGCGGGCCUCUCCUCUGUUCCCAUGGGGACCACUGAAGCUACGCUCCGGAUGGAAAACGUGGACGCGAAGGAAGAAUGGCAGGACGAAGGCCUUCCCAGGCCACUCCCGGAAGAGACAGGGAUGGACCCGCUUGGCAGCCCCACGGAAGACACGUCCUCCCCUCCCAACACAUUGAACUUCAACGGAGCUCAUCGUAAGCGGAAGACACUGGUCGCCCCCGAGAUCAACAUUUCGCUGGAUCAGAGCGAGGGCUCCCUGCUGUCUGACGACUUCCUGGACACCCCUGAUGACCUCGAUAUCAACGUGGACGACAUCGAGACCCCGGACGAGACCGACUCGCUGGAGUUUCUGGGAAACGGCAAUGAGCUGGAGUGGGAAGAUGACACCCCGGUGGCCGCCGCGAAGAACAUGCCCGGUGACAGUGCAGAUCUGUUCGGGGACGGCGCAGUGGAGGACGGCGGUGCCACCAACGGGCGCCUCUGGCGGACGGUGAUCAUCGGAGAACAAGAACACCGGAUUGACCUGCACAUGAUCCGACCCUACAUGAGGGUAGUGACCCACGGAGGGUACUACGGCGAGGGUCUCAACGCCAUCAUUGUGUUCGCUGCCUGCUUCCUCCCGGACAGCAGCUCCCCCGACUACCACUACAUCAUGGAGAACCUCUUCCUGUACGUCAUCAGCAGUCUGGAGCUGCUGGUGGCCGAGGACUACAUGAUCGUCUACCUGAACGGCGCCACCCCCCGGCGGAGGAUGCCUGGCAUCGGCUGGCUAAAGAAGUGUUAUCAGAUGAUCGACAGGAGAUUGCGGAAGAACCUGAAGUCGCUGAUCAUCGUGCACCCGUCCUGGUUCAUCCGCACGGUGCUGGCGGUGUCCCGGCCUUUCAUCAGCGUCAAAUUCAUCAACAAGAUCCAGUACGUGAACAGCUUGGAGGACCUGGAACAGCUCAUCCCCAUGGAACACGUGCAGAUCCCCGAGUGCGUGCUACAGUACGAAGAGGAGAGGCUCAAGGCCAGGAGAGAGAGCGCCAGGCUGCAGCCCGAGUUCGUCCUGCCCAGGUCUGAGGACAAGCCGGAGGCGGUGCUGGCGGAGGACAGGCCUGCUCCAGCCACAGAUCAGGAAACAAGCAUGUCCUGAGGUGACAAGACUACAGAGAAGGACAAGACAGAAGAUUCCAGAUGGCAAGAAACCUCUGUCAGACGCCCUCUGGUCCUGGACCUCCCCCCCGCCUUGUCCUGACGCCCCUGUCUUUGCAGGGGGCCAGUCCCCGCCAUCCAUCUCUGAAACCCAGCAUCCUUUUGAGCUGCUUGAAAACGUUUUUGUUUCGUUUUGUUUUCAAACAACGUGGUAUGUUCCGGAAAAGGACCUGGUUCUCAGCCCUCCACACUCACGAGCUCGCGGCCGAGAAGGGGAAGACGGCCCAGGGCGUGGCCCGUGUGCCCUCGACGGCUUCAGAGACCCCCUCCUCGCCCUCACCGCCACCAUCACUGCACAAAGUCCUGGUUCAAGACCCUUCUCUUGUUUGUCACCUGGCCCACCCCAGAGCCACGGAUGCCCGCCAGCUCCUUGGCCGGAUCUGGACUCGUUCUUGUGCCUUUUCUCCUAGAACACCCCCUGCGGCCCUGGGCACGUGGCCCGGAAGCUCAGCACCCCCAGCAGCGCUGUGCCCCGGGGACCUCCCGUCCCGGCACCUCAUGGCUUUACACUUGACCAGCUCCCCUCGCCUUCAUCUCCCAAUCUUCUUUGGGAUUAAUGGAGUCCACGAUGGCACACGCGAGCUGCUGAGAAUCACCCCUGCCCCGCAGUUGCAAACCCGCCCCCCCUUCUAGAACAUUCUCAAGCCCCUUUAAUGGACGCCACACCACAGGGCAAUCCUGAUCAAUACCUCCUACUGAGGGAAUGAAGUGUCCCCACUUUCCUGCCCCCCCCCCAACACAGGGUUGGGAUGAGCCCCUCAGGUUCCCGCCAUGGGAAACCGGCUCUGAACCGCGAUACAGGAAGAUACAGGUUUAUUACAGGUUUUGAGUGUUUCGAAGUUCACUUGGGAAAAUAAAUCCCAGUGGCCUGGAUGCUAUUGAGACCUGCGGUCAAAGGAGGUAAAUUUA